UAAUGGUGCAACUGUUUAUGUUGGAAUUCAUCCUUCAAAGUGUGUCAUUGUAAAACUCAAGUUGGACAAAGACCGUAAGAAGAUUCUUGACAGGAGAGGCAAAGGCAGAGCUCAAGCAUUGGCUCUCAAAGGAAAAGGAAAAUACACCGAAGAAUCUGCAGCAGCAGCCGCGAUGGAAACAUCAUCAUCAUAAUAGUUAUGACUUUUUCAAUAAAAAAACAUAAAACAAAUAUUGUUUCUAUAUUAUUUAAUACCCUUAAUUUAGUUCCAACUUAACAUACUUCUUUUAUAAUUGUUUAAAUGUUGAUGUUACUAAUGGUAGGGUGUUGAUUCUUAAAUAAUCAAUUAUUUAUCAGUCUUAAAA